UUCAUGUAGUGAAAUUAAAAUCAUGGCUUAUUAUACUUGCAAUUUUCCUGAUAUAUUUUCUUGGAUUCACAACUUACCACCAAUUUCAAAAUGGAAAACUGACUCUAUCUCGGUUUGCAUUUCUCCUUCAUGUUCAUCUCAACCUUCCCUUAAACUCUCCGUAGCCAAAAAUUACCAAUUUUGCAUUGUCGCAGAUUAUAAUCUUUCUAUUUCCCUAUGGACCUCGAAACCACUCAAACUAAGGCACAACUCAACAAAAUUAUUAGACGACGAAUCCAUAUUCAGUCUCUUGAUCAAUUUUGUUCAAGAUGUUCUGAACUAUGGUCCCAAUAAAAAUUCUUCGUUUGUCCUCAGGCUUCCACGAAUCGAUUUUAAUAACUCCAGUUUUAAGGAAAUUUUCAAUUUCUCAUUUCUUACUCUAGCUUUCAUAAUUUGUAUCUAUGAAACCCCUGCUGAUCUUAGGUCUACAAGUAUUAUUGCCCUGAAGAAUCAAUUUUCUUGUCCACAAUCUAGGCAAGCGUCAAAAUUGCUUGUGAAGAUUUUGGGAUCGAAUAUUGAAGAGCAAUGGAUGCGCUCAGUAAAUUUAGCGAUAACUAAUUGGAUUGUUGAAAUUAAUAAUUCUUCGAAUCAUCCUAUGAAAACACCAUGUACAUUGUUUUCAUACUCGUUUUCGACACAGGGGCUUUGGAAAGUACAGUUGUACUGCCCUAUUAUUGCAAUGGAUGUUGAAACAUACACAAGUAGUUUAUCUGAUGAUAAUUUGAGAUUUUCACUCAACUUUCAUCAGCUCGAAGGAGUGAUACAAUUGAAUCAUAAAGUUAUAGUUCGCAAAAAGUGGAUUGAAGUAAUGGUGAACACUGAUAAUAUUAGGUGUGAUGUUGUUAGGCUAGUGAAUGAAUCACUCAUGUCAGAGAGAGGAGCUGGAAUAUCUGAAAAGCAUUUCCCUUCAAGAAUUUCGUUGCAACUAACUCCAACACUUCAAUCAAAUGUGUUGAGCAUAUCAGUUAACAAAUCCUCUGAUAAUCCCUUAAGAGAAAUUGGCAUGGAAAAGACAAUAGAAGCGGGAUUCGAUCCACCAAACACUUACAUGGGGUUAAAAGUCUCCGCGGGAGAGACAGUUGUUACGAGCAUGAAGCCGUGGAAAUUUGAACAAUCCGUUAAUGGGGAUGGUGCCAAUUUGAAUUGGUUUCUUCAUGAUAGUGGGAAUGGGAGAGAGGUGUUUUCGUCAAAGCCUUCUGUUUUUUCGUUAAUUCAGCCAAAGGCUUGGUUCAAGAACAGAUAUUCGAGUGUGUAUAGGCCAUUUACUAAGCAAGGAGGGGUAAUUUUCGCUGGAGAUGAGUAUGGGGAAAGUGUGUGUUGGAAAGUGGACAAAAGGGCUAUAGGGAAAACAAUGGAAUGGGAAUUGAAAGGUAGAGUUUGGUUAACUUAUUGGCCAAAUAAACAUCUAACUUCUUAUGCUGAGACUAGAAGAUUGGAGUUUAGGGAAGUGCUUCAUCUCAACCUUGCAUAGUUAUAUUAGUUGUAAUGAUUAUCAAAAUAAUGUUUGGGUCAUGGUAGACUGUCUAUGCUACCUCUUCUUGAGGUGUGUUCAGCCCUUUCAACUUGCUUGAAUGCAGGAUGCUUCGUGUGUUGGGCUGGACAUUUUAUUAAUUAUCAAAAUGUAUUUGUGCAGCAAAGUUAUAUUUGCUUUAUUGAUCAUCAAAAUGAUGCCUGCAUCUGGGUAGACUGUCUAAGCCGGUUCAAUCUAUUUGAACGUAGGAUGCUUCUUGUGUUGGAAUGUCCUUUAUAUUGAUUAUCAAAAUGUAUUUGUGUGCAGCGAAG